UUUUUAUGGAGCAUAGAGGUGCAUGUAGUGCAGAUAAAAGUUCGGGCGAUGGAGCUGGUCUAAUGACAUCUAUACCUUGGAAACUUUUUAAACCAUAUAUUGGUAACUCAGAAGAAAAUAUUGGUAUUGGAAUGUGUUUCUUGCCUUCUAAUAGAAUAGAAGUUAAAGAAGCUAAAAAUUUUAUAGAAUGGAUUCUUAGAGAAGAAUCAUUACAAAUGAUUAAAUGGAGAGAAGUUCCUACUAAUAAUGAAGUUUUAGGUUCAGAAGCUUAUAAAAAUAGGCCUACUAUUUUACAGUUCUUUAUCAAAUCUAAAUUAUCUUCUAAAGAUAAUUUGGAACACAAAUUAUAUAUAACUAGAAAACGUAUUGAAAAACUAAUAUCUAAAAGUUAUGUAAAAUGGUUAAAAGAAUUUUAUAUUUGUUCUUUGUCUUCGAAAAUUAUUAUUUAUAAAGGAAUGGUUAAAUCUGCUGUUCUAGGACAAUUUUAUCAAGAUUUAUUACAUAUCGACUAUGAAAGUCCAUUUGCUAUUUAUCAUAGAAGAUUUAGCACAAAUACAAUGCCUAAAUGGGCACUUGCUCAACCUAUGAGAUUAAUAGCACAUAAUGGUGAAAUUAAUACAUUACUAGGUAAUUUAAAUUGGAUGAAAACUAGAGAGGAAUUAUUGUCUAGCAUAUAUAAUACUAAAGAUAUUAAUCAUAUUAAACCAAUAUGUAAUCCUGAAAGUAGUGAUUCUGCUAAUUUAGAUAGUGCUUUUGAAGUUCUCCUACAUGCUAAUUUGCCUAUUCAUGAAGUUUCACUUACUUUAAUUCCUGAAGCUUAUAAAAAUAAUCCAGAAAUUAAUUCUUAUACAGAUAUAAUUAAAUUUUAUGAAUAUAAUAGUAUACAUCAAGAAGCUUGGGAUGGACCAGCAUUAGUCAUAUUUAGUGAUGGUAAAAUUAUAGGUGCAAGUUUAGAUAGAAAUGGUUUAAGACCUGCUAGGUUUUGUAUUACAAAAGAUAAUCACAUUAUAGUAGCAUCGGAAAGUGGAGUUAUUAAUAUUGAUCAGUCUAAUAUAAUAAAAAAAGGUCGUAUAGGUCCAGGUCAAAUUUUAGCUUUAGAUCUAGAAAACAAAAUAAUAUUAGAAAAUUUAGAAUUAAAACAACAAGUUGCAAAGAAAAAAAAUUAUAAUUAUCUACUAAAUUUACAUAGGGUAUUAUUUGAUAGUAGAGAUUUUUUAGAAGAAACAAUUAAAUCUGAAAAUGAGUUAUUACAAUGGCAAACUUUAUUUGGAUAUACAUCAGAGGAUGUAGAAUUAACUAUAGAACAUAUGGCAAGCCAAGGUAAAGAACCAACUUUUUGCAUGGGAGAUGAUAUUCCUUUAGCAAUUUUAUCAGGUAAACCUCAUAUAUUAUAUAAUUAUUUUAAACAACGUUUUGCACAAGUAACUAAUCCAGCGAUCGAUCCAUUACGAGAAAGUUUAGUUAUGUCUCUUGACACCUAUAUAGGAAAUAAGGAAAAAUUAUUUAACUCUUCAAUAGAAGGUAAAAUUAUUUAUUUUAAUUCACCAAUUAUCAAUGAAAGAGAAUUAGAAAGAAUAAAGCAAAGUGAAUUAAAAACUGCAACUAUUAAUGUUUUUUUCAAUAUAAAACAAGGUUCCACGGAGCUAAAAUCAACAAUAUUAAAACUUUGUCAAGAGGCCGAAUUGUUAGUAAGAUCAGGAAUAGAAAUCUUAAUACUUAGUGAUAAAUUUGCAGUUUUAUCGGAGGACUAUACUUAUAUACCACCAUUAUUAAUAACCUCAGCAAUACAUCACCAUCUAAUUAGAAAAAAAAUAAGACAUAAAUCAUCACUUAUAGUAGAAACAGCUCAAGCAUGGAGUACUCACCAUUUUGCUUGUUUAAUUAGUUAUGGUGCUAGUUUAAUUUGUCCUUAUUUAGUAUUAGAAACAGUAAGACAUUGGUGGAAAAACCCUAAAACACAAAGUCUUAUGCAGAAAAAUAAAAUACCAGUAUGCACAACAAAAGAAGCUCAGGAUAAUUACAAAAAGGCAGUUGAAAAUGGAUUAUUAAAAAUACUGUCGAAAAUGGGAAUUUCGUUGUUAUCAAGUUAUCAAGGUGCACAAAUUUUUGAGAUUUUAGGUUUAGGUGCAGAAAUAGUUAAUUUAGCAUUUACUGGUUCCACUUCUCGUAUAGGUGGUUUAUCAUUUAAAGAAUUAGCUAAUGAAAUUAUACUAUUUCAUGAUUUAGCAUUUAAAAAUUUAAAUAAAAAUAAACUUAACAAUUAUGGAUUUGUACAAUAUAGACCUGGUUGUGAAUAUCAUUUGAAUAAUCCAGAUAUGGCUAAAGCUUUACAUAAAGCAGUAAGAACAUAUAAAACCGAAUUUUAUGAAGGAUAUAAAAAUAUAUUAUAUAAUCGCCCUCCAACAAACUUAAGAGAUUUAUUACAAAUAAAAUCAGAUAAUCCACCAAUUAGUAUUGAGCAAGUUGAAUCUGCAAGUUCAAUUGUUAAAAGAUUUUGUACUGGUGGGAUGUCCUUGGGCGCAUUAUCUAGAGAGGCUCAUGAAACAUUAGCUAUUGGAAUGAAUAGACUAGGCGGGAAAUCUAAUUCUGGUGAAGGAGGAGAGGAUCCUAUACGUUUCAAAAUUUUAUCAGAUGUUGAUUUAACAGGGCAUUCUCCUUUAUUACCACAUUUGAAAGGUUUAUCAAAUGGUGAUACAGCAAAUUCAGCGAUUAAACAAAUUGCCUCAGGCAGAUUUGGAGUAACUCCAGAAUAUCUAAUAAAUGCUAAACAAUUAGAAAUUAAAAUAGCACAAGGAGCUAAACCUGGUGAAGGAGGGCAACUUCCAGGCAAAAAAGUAAGUCCUUAUAUUGCUAAGUUAAGAGCCUGUAAGCCUGGUGUACCAUUAAUUUCUCCUCCACCUCAUCAUGAUAUUUAUUCAAUUGAAGAUUUAUCUCAACUUAUAUUUGAUUUACAUCAGAUAAAUCCUAAAGCUAAAGUAUCUGUUAAAUUAGUUGCAUCGGUAGGUAUUGGUACUAUUGCUGCUGGAGUUGCAAAAGCGAACGCAGAUAUUAUUCAAAUUUCAGGGCACGAUGGAGGGACUGGAGCAUCACCUUUGAGUUCUAUAAAGCACGCUGGAGUUCCAUGGGAACUCGGUUUAACUGAAGUUCAUAAAACUUUAUUAUCAAACAAUCUAAGAAAUAGAGUAUUAUUAAGAGUAGAUGGUGGUCUUAAAACGGGCCUUGAUAUUGUUAUAGCAAGUUUAAUGGGAGCAGAAGAAUAUGGAUUUGGAACAGUUGCAAUGAUUGCCACAGGCUGUAUUAUGGCAAGAAUUUGUCAUACGAAUAAUUGCCCAGUAGGAGUAGCAAGCCAAAGAGAAGAUCUUAGAGCUAGAUAUCCAGGCGUACCUGAAAGUUUAGUAAAUUUCUGCAUGUUCGUAGCAGAAGAGGUUAGAAGUAUACUUGCUUAUAUGGGUUACAAAUCAUUAAAAGAUAUUAUUGGAAGAUAUAAUUUGCUCUCCACAAAUUAUAUAAAUACAUUAAGUAAAACAAUUAACUUAAAUUUAUAUGAUUUAUUGAAUUUGCCAAGAGAAUUUAUUAAUGAUAGAAGUUGGUUAAAACAUGAAGAUGUUCAUAGCAAUGGUCCUGUAUUAGAUGAUAUUUUAAUAAAAAGUUCUGAUAUAGAAGAAACAAUUAAAUCUCAACUAAAUAUAGAUAAACAUUUAAAAAUAUCGAAUAUCAAUCGUUCUGUUGGUGGACGUUUAUCAGGUUAUAUUGCUAAAGAUUAUGGCAAUAAUGAUUUUAAAGGAAAAAUUAAUUUACACUUUUAUGGAAGUGCAGGUCAAAGUUUUGGUUUGUUCAAUAUAGGUGGCUUAAACUUACGCUUAAUCGGAGAAGCUAAUGACUAUGUAGGUAAGGGUAUGAAUGGCGGAGAAAUAAUUAUUAUUCCUAAUAAUCAAUUUUAUAAAUCAAAUUUUCAGACUAAUAAUGUUAUUAUUGGUAAUACAUGUUUAUAUGGUGCUACUGGAGGGCUUUUAUUUGUAAAAGGUCAGGCAGGAGAACGUUUUGCUGUUAGAAAUUCACAAGCGCAAGCAGUAGUAGAAGGUGUUGGCGAUCAUUGUUGUGAAUAUAUGACUGGUGGUGUGGUUGUAGUUUUAGGGAAAACUGGACGUAAUUUUGCUGCGGGCAUGACUGGUGGACUUGCUUAUGUUUUUGAUAAAGAUAAUAAUUUUAUUGAUUAUUUAAAUUCUGAAAUAGUUAAGAUACAAAAAGUAAUAACUAAAUCAGGAGAAAUACAAUUAAAAAGUUUAUUAGAACAACAUUUAGUUAAAACUGGAAGUUUAAAAGCAAAAGAAAUACUAGAAAACUGGUCUAAUUUAUUAACCUAUUUUUGGCAAGUAGUUCCUCCAUCUGAAGCAGAUACACCUCAGACUAAUCCAAAUGUGGAUACUUUGAUUUUUGAUAAGCAAGUUAUUAUAAAAUAAGAAAAAUAUAAAAAACAAUAUUAUUAUAUAUAAUAUAAUAUUGUUUUUUAUA